AUGGGGGACAUGCAGGACCAUGAGGAAGUACUGGCGAUCCCAGAUCAGGAUAGCGAUGACGAACUGGACCAUGAGAUAGAACAGAUAGCGUAUCAAGACUCAGACAUCCAUGUGGUCCAGAUGCAGGAGCCAGAAGCUCUUCCCACAGAGCAGAUAGCCACAGACUACAUCCCCACCAGUACCUCCACAUCGCACCCGAGCUCCAGUCAGGUCUAUGUGGAGCUGCAGGAGCUGAAGAUGGACCAGAGGAACCAGGAACUACAGUGGGUGGAGGCAGCACACUGGAUAGGGCUAGAGGAAAACCUACGAGAGGAUGGGGUGUGGGGCCGUCCACAUCUGUCUUACCUCACCUUCUGGAGCCUUCUAGAACUGCAGAAAGUCUUUUCAAAAGGCACCGUCCUCCUGGAUCUGGCAGAGACAUCCCUGGCUGGGGUGGCCAAUCAGCUUCUAGACGGCUUCAUCUACGAGGACCAGAUUCGGCCUCAGGACCGAGAUGAGCUGCUCCGGGCUCUACUACUCAAACGCAGCCACGCUGAGGACCUAAAGGCUCUGGAGGGAGUGAAGCCCGCCAUCCUGACCCGCUCUGGGGGCCCUUCUGAGCCCCUCCUUGCUCAGCAGCCAUCACUGGAGACCACACUGUUCUGUGGACAGGCAGAGGGGGACCCAGAAGGACUCUCACCAUCCGGGACUCUGAAGAUCCCCCCAGAUUCAGAAGCCGCACUGGUGCUAGUGGGCGGUAGUAAUUUUCUGGAGAGGUCUGUGCUGGGCUUUGUGAGGCUGAAGGAGGCUGUGCAGCUGGAGGACCUGGAGCGGCCGGAGCCUGUGCGCUUCCUUUUAGUUCUGCUGGGACCCGAGGCUCCCCAUGUUGACUACACCCAGCUGGGCAGAGCCGCAGCUACACUCAUGACCGAAAGAGUGUUCCGCACAACCGCCUACCUGGCACAGAGCCGAGGGGAGCUGCUGAGCUCCCUGGAGAACUUCCUGGACUGUAGCCUGGUCCUGCCGCCCACCGACGCCCCUUCAGAGCAAGCUCUGCUCAACCUGGUGCCCGUGCAGAAGGAGCUGCUUAGAAGGCGCUACCUGCCCAGUCUCCCCAAGCCAGACCCUGCCUUGUACAAGACCCUAGACUUGAACGGGGACCCAGGGAGCCCCGGUGGCGUAGAUGACCCUCUACAGCGCACAGGCCGGAUCUUUGGAGGCCUGAUUCGUGACAUCCGGCGCCGUUAUCCAUACUAUCUGAGUGACAUCACAGAUGCGCUCAGCCCCCAGGUCCUGGCUGCGGUCAUCUUCAUCUACUUUGCCGCCCUGUCGCCCGCCGUCACCUUUGGUGGCCUCCUGGGAGAAAAGACCCGGAACCUGAUGGGAGUGUCAGAGCUGCUCAUCUCCACAGCAGUACAAGGCAUUCUCUUUGCUCUCCUGGGGGCUCAGCCCCUGCUGGUGCUUGGCUUCUCGGGACCCCUGCUGGUGUUUGAGGAAGCCUUCUUCUCGUUCUGUGAAAGCAAUAACCUGGAGUACAUCGUGGGCCGCGCAUGGAUCGGUUUCUGGCUCAUUCUGUUGGUGCUGCUGGUGGUGGCCUUUGAAGGCAGCUUCCUGGUCCGAUUUAUCUCCCGCUACACCCAGGAGAUCUUCUCCUUCCUCAUCUCCCUCAUCUUCAUCUACGAGACUUUCUCCAAGCUGAUCAAGAUUUUCCAGGACUACCCGCUGCAACAGAGUUAUGUCCCUGUUUCGAUGAAGCCCAAACCUCUGGGUCCCGUGCCUAACACAGCCCUCUUCUCUCUGGUGCUCAUGGCUGGUACCUUCUUCCUUGCCAUGAUGCUGCGAAAGUUCAAGAACAGCACCUACUUCCCUGGCAAGCUGCGCAGAGUCAUUGGGGACUUCGGGGUCCCCAUCUCCAUCCUGAUAAUGGUCGUGGUGGAUUCCUUUGUCAAGGACACCUACACCCAGAAACUGUCGGUGCCUGACGGCCUCAAAGUGUCCAACUCCACUGCCCGGGGCUGGGUCAUCCACCCUCUGGGUCUGUACAGCAGGUUUCCCUACUGGAUGAUGUUUGCUUCUGCCCUGCCUGCUCUGCUGGUCUUCAUCCUCAUAUUCCUUGAGUCUCAGAUCACCACGCUGAUCGUCAGCAAACCAGAGCGCAAGAUGGUCAAGGGCUCAGGCUUCCAUCUGGACCUCCUGCUGGUCGUUGGCAUGGGUGGGGUGGCCGCCAUUUUUGGGAUGCCUUGGCUCAGUGCCACCACUGUGCGUUCUGUUACCCACGCUAAUGCCCUCACAGUCAUGGGCAAGGCCAGCGGUCCCGGGGCUGCAGCUCAGGUCCAAGAGGUCAAGGAGCAGCGGAUCAGUGGGCUCCUGGUUUCUGUGCUUGUGGGACUGUCCAUCCUCAUGGAGCCUAUCUUGUCCCGCAUCCCCCUGGCGGUGCUGUUCGGCAUCUUCCUGUACAUGGGAGUCACAUCCCUCAGUGGCAUCCAGCUCUUUGAUCGCAUCUUGCUGUUGUUCAAGCCACCCAAGUACCACCCCGACGUGCCCUUUGUCAAGAGGGUGAGGACCUGGCGCAUGCACCUAUUCACGGGCAUCCAGAUCAUCUGCCUGGCAGCGCUGUGGGUGGUGAAGUCCACCCCUGCCUCACUGGCCCUACCCUUUGUCCUCAUCCUCACUGUGCCUCUGCGUCGAUUCCUGCUGCCGUUCAUCUUCAGCAGGCUGGAACUCCAGUGUCUGGAUGGUGAUGACGCCAAAGUGAGCUUUGACGAGGAGGAAGGUCUGGAUGAAUAUGACGAAGUGCCCAUGCCUGUGUGA